GCAACAGAAAAGUAACUAAUGCAAACACCAUGUUUACAUCAAUACAUGGAGUUUAUAUCUUAGUGGGACCAGAUAAAUGCAAUGCUUGUAUGUGGAAAAACAAGAUAGACACACACAAAUAGGGGGGUUGCCCAAGCAGAGAUUUGAAUGAAAUGAGGGAAUAAUUUGUAUGGAUACUUGCAGGGACGGACUAGCUAAGGGGAACAGCGAAGGCAAAAUGAUGGUACUGUUGUGAAAUAGCAAGGUUAUCUCGUGGGGGAGGAGAGAGAGGUAGAGAUGGCACAGAGUUGGGUGGUUAAAAUGCUCGGGGCUUUGGAGGCUGUGGUUAAGAACUGGCUUUUGAUCUGAGUGAGAUGGGAAGUUGCCAUCUCACUUGAGCAGAGGCAUAACAUGGUCUGCUCUUCAAAGAAUCAUUCUGACUGCUGGAAUUUGGAGUAUGUGGAGCAAAUAUGGAAACUUCCAAGGUGUGGAUCUCCUUGUGUGUUGGAUUCCUGGGGCUGUGUUCCACGCUCAUAGGCAGCUGCAUCCUCUUUCUGCACUGGAAGAAGAACUUGCAGAGAGAAGAACGUGCCCAGCAGUGGGUGGAGGUGAUGAGAGCUGCCUUGUUCACCUACAGCCCCCUAUUGUACUGGAUAAACAAGCAGCGGCAGCAAGGCAUGAAUACAGCCAUUAACACAGGCCCUCCCCCUGCUGUCACCAAGACAGAGAUGGAAGUUCAGAAUCCAGAUACUCUGUGGGAGUUGGAUAUCUCUGAAGGCAAGAACUAUGCUGUACAAGACGGCAGCCCCGGGGGUGAAACCUCUGGUCCUUUGCCGCAUGUUCUGGCGGUCCCCAAACAGCCCCUCUCUUCAACAGUGCCACAGCCUCAGACAGACUCCCCACUCCCACUUCCCAUCUUCCAGGAGGUGCCCUUUGCCCUGUCCCUCUGCCACCUUCCUCCCAUGCUGAACCACUCUGUCUCCUAUCCACUGGCCAACUGCCCUGAAAGGAAUGUUCAUUUCUAUUCCCUCCCAACACUGGCCCAUGGAACAAACUGCUUCAAUGCCAAGCCUUUUGCUUUAGAACUGUAGUUUCCUCUCAUUGAGGCUGGGAGCUGCAGGUACCAAAGGCUCCCUGUGGUAGAAAACGAGAGAUAAUCUCAAGGAGUUGGUAUUGACAAGGAGGUCAGAGCCAUCUGGACACUGCAUCACGAAAGAUUAAAAAAAA